CCGUCCCAGCGCUGGAUAUUCAGUGAUUUUCAGUGAAGGGCCGCUCCCAGCCCCGCCGCAGGUGUGCCGGGCCCGAGGAGCAGGCAGUACCAGAUUAUCAACAGAGACGCUCCCCAGCGCUCCCCAGCAAUGGCAGGGAAAAAAGUCCUGAUAGUCUAUGCACAUCAAGAGCCCAAGUCCUUCAAUGGAGCUUUGUUGAAGAUUGCUGUGGAAGAACUGACCAAGCAGGGCUGCAGUGUCACCGUGUCAGAUUUAUACGCCAUGCAGUUUGAGCCCAGAGCAACAAGAAAUGACAUUGUUGGUCGCCUGCACAACUCAGAAGCGUUCAAUUAUGGUGUGGAAACCUGGGAAGCUUACAAGAGAGGAGGUUUGUCCAAAGACCUGGUUGAAGAGCAGAAGAAGGUGCAGGAAGCAGACCUGCUGAUUUUUCAGUUUCCCUUGUUUUGGUUCAACAUGCCUGCGAUCCUGAAGGGCUGGAUGGACAGAGUCUUGGUCCAAGGCUUUGCUUACGAUGUGUCAAAGGCCUAUGACGGUGGUUUGCUCCAGGGUAAACUAUCCCUGUUUUCUUUCACCACGGGAGGAGGCCAAGAGAUGUAUUCAAAAGGAAGUAUCAGUGGUGAUAUUCGCUAUAUCCUCUGGCCCAUGCAGCAUGGAAUCAUGCACUUCUGUGGUGUCAAGGUCCUUGAACCUCACAUCUGUUAUGCUCCAGAGAAUGUCUCUGAGGAGAAGAGAAAGGAGAUGCUGACUGCCUGGACCCAGCGUCUGAAGACUCUUUGGAAGGAAGAGCCCAUAGACUGCUCUCCUGACUGGUAUUUCAAGUAGUGUUCAGGUGCAAGACUACAGAGAGAAGAUUUUUUUUUUCACCAUUCUUUUUGAUGCUCUAUCUAAAUACUUGAACACUAAUCUCCUAAUUCAAAGGCAUUUUAAGAAUCUUAAAUACUACAUCUAGCAGUUUAACUGACAACAUAGCAUUUAUCUUCACUGAUUCCCUAGGCAUUCCCUUCAAGGAUGGGUACAAAACUCUUUGUGAAGUUCUCCUUGCUGACAUAAACAGUGUCAUCCUGCCUCCUUGUGGUUGAUAACACAUGUGGUAAUUCAUGGCAGAUCAUACCAUUGCUGCUUGUGAAACAGUACAUGGCCAAGUUUACUUUAACACUUUUUGUACCAUUUGCCACUUUUUUUCCUUUACCAGGGAAUAUGGUGCCCAUACUCAGCCUUUAAAAGCCCAAGAUUGAUUGUGAGAAUUACAAUUGACUUGUGCCUUGAAGCAACAAAACCAGAUCAUGAGUAGUGUUACAAAACGAUGUACAGUUGCAAAGUGUCUUAAACAGCUGCAAAGCCUUGUGGGCAGCCCUAGACUUCUCCAGGUAUCUACAAAGCAAUAUUAAAGCUAUGACAAAUACCAGAAAAGGGAAAAAAUUGAUACAAAUGUAGUGGUAUGUGCUUUAAUUGCCUUCCUUUACAGGCUACAGCUCCCAUUUGUAAAGUAUGCAUCAUCCCAUAAUCAAAGUAGAGAGAAAAAGGAAUCCUGUCUGUUUCCUGCUCCCUCACACCAGUCAGUGUUAGUGUUUGUGACUGGAGGUUGUUUGCAUCCUCUCCAGCAUCAGCAUUGAUGGGCUUCCUUGGAGAUCUCCAGCACCAGCAGUUGUUGAGGCAGAGCACUAACCCAAAAACCUGCAGGUGCACUGUCUGUCUAUGGGUCAGGAUCUAUAGGACAAAUGAAUUGUCUGGCUCUUAAUAGCCAGGAUUUUUACCUGGAACUGUAGCUGGAUUAUUUUUGUGCAUUAGAGUUGUUGAGCCUGUUUGUGCAUAUGUCAAGGAGUGGGUUUCUUGCUUAGCUACUGAAUUUCUUGAUUUGACUAGCUCACCUAACUGCUGCCUUUGCACUUUGAUAUUAAAAGAAUGUGGCCUCUAUAAGAACCUGUCUCCUGAGUCACUGUCAAACGACACCUCGAUCUCUGUGCAUCUGCCAUACCUUGUGGUAUUCUUGUCACACCACCUUACGGUUCCUUAGGGACUAAUUGGAUAAUAAACAUGCUAAACCCAGGCUCUGGAGGCUCACUGUAAGCUGAUACACCAGGCUAGGAAAUGCCACCACAGGGAAAGGGUCAUGUGUUGCUGUUUGCUGUCAUAUGAAGUGAAAGGCCACAUCAAGCAGAGGUAUUUCCCAGGAAACAGAGCUGCCCCAAGCUGUCACAGAUGUCUGCUGUGGGGCAUGUGAGCCAAUAUCUUUAGGUUGCAGAAGCAGGAAAUUUUCUUUGGCUCAACAGCUCUGUUAUAGGAAAAGGAAAAUAAGAGGGAAUAAGGAAAUAAGUGUUACACAUCUAAGUUGUGGGGAAAGCAGAUUCAUGGCUCAAAGACUUAAGGAGAGCAACUUAAAGUUAAGAGAAAUCUGAGGACAAAAUUUAAAAUUGCACAGAAGAUAAAUCAUCCUUCUAAUCACUGUGUUCAGUUAGCAGACUAUUCAGGAAAGAAGGAAAUUGAAGGGAAAGCAGAAGUUGCAACUGUCAAACCAAUGUUACUACUUUGGAUCAAUUGCAGAGCUUAGUGGGGCUAAUUAUUAGAUAAAGAAUGCCAGACUGACCUGUAUGUUGAGGAUAACUGAGCACUAUCUGGCAGACACGUGCCAGCUCCUACACAUAUGGUAGCACUAACUUUUAAUAAGAUGGCUGAGAUUUUGAGUACAAAGUUUGUGAAUGGUUGAGCUUAAUGCAAGUUCAGGUAAAAGAAAACUAAUAGGCUUAUUAAAUUCUCAUUAGUGCUAAAAUUGAAGACUUCUGCUGAGAUAAAUUCAUUAUUGGAAAAAGCAUUAAAGAUUUACCAAUCUUUUGUCCAUUUCAAGAUAACCUUUCCUUCAUCUCAAUCAGAAUUUAGACAUUUCUCUGUAAAUUCAGAUUGCAUUUCUGGAUUGAUUUGUUUUCCCUUUUCAUUCAAUGAAGGAAUGUCACAACUGGCAACACUGACCUCU